UAAAGCAAUAACACAUUAAAAAUAAAUCAACAACUUUUUAUCUAUUCGAAUUAUCAAUUUGGGUUCGAUUUUAAAAACACUUUGGACAAAUGUUAGUAUUCUGCAACAACAAACCUGUUGGAGUCUCCUCUCUAUCUGCAACAACUAACCAUCAUCAAUUUUUUCAGUAGGCGGUCUUGUUUAAAUACUGCAAACACGACACUGAUUUGCUUUCUGGAGCACCAUCGCAUGAAAGUACAAAAAUAAUGAAGUGGCUAUCAAGGCUAUUACUAAGUAAAGACGUAAGAGCUUGAUGAUCGAAAAAAAUGAGAAUGCUUUCACAUCACUUCAGCUCCAAGGACCUCUUGGUUCUGGUAAUGUGUUCUUCCGCUCGGCUAUCAAAGGCCGAGCCACUUUCUGCCUGGUACAAGUUUAAAUCCCAUUAUCACACACAACAGCCAGAGCAAGAUAGAAAACAAAGACAAGCAGAUGAAGAACAUAAACAAAACACGAACCAGGGACCAUCUAUUGGCUCUCCAGCUCGAGUCCAGAAGCUUAUUGCUUCCCAAUCAGAUCCACUCCUUGCUAAAGAAAUUUUUGAUUUAGCCUCGCGAGAACCCGAUUUUCAGCACUCCUAUGCUACUUUUCACACCCUUAUCCUCAAGCUUGGCCGUUCCCGGCAGUUCUCCCUCAUGCAGUCCGUCCUCUCUUCCCUUAAGUCACAGCAUUAUUCCAUCUCCCCAUCUCUUUUUUCGCACAUCAUCCAAAUAUAUGGUGAUGCUGGCCUACCUGACAGAGCCCUUAAAACUUUCUAUACUAUCCUGGAAUUCAAUAUGAAGCCCCUUCCGAAGCAUCUCAACCUCAUUCUUGAAAUCCUCGUAACUCAUCGGAACUUUCUUCGCCCUGCAUUUGAUCUCUUCAGAUCUGCACAUACAUACGGAGUUUUGGCCAACACUGAGUCCUACAACAUUCUAAUGCGGGCAUUCUGUUUGAAUGAUGAUUUAAGUAUUGCCUACUCGCUGUUUAAUCAAAUGUUUAAGAGAGAGAUCAGUCCUAAUGUAGAGUCAUAUAGGAUUCUGAUGCAGGGUUUGUGUCGAAAAAGUCAAGUGAAUACAGCUGUUGACUUGCUGGAGGAUAUGCUGAAUAAAGGUUUUGUUCCUGAUGCUUUAAGUUAUAGCACUCUAUUGAACAGCUUGUGUCGGAAAAAGAAAUUUAAGGAGGCUUACAAGCUUCUUUGCAGAAUGAAAGUAAAGGGUUGCAAUCCUGACAUUGUCCAUUACAAUACAGUCAUUUUGGGAUUCUGUCGAGAAGGUCGUGCUGCUGAUGCCUGUAAAAUCCUUGAGGACAUGCCAUCAAACGGGUGUCUUCCCAAUUUGGUGUCUUAUAGGACAUUAGUUGGGGGUCUUAGCGAUCAGGGAAUGUAUGAUGAGGCUAAGAAUUACAUGGUGGAAAUGAUGUCAAAAGGCUUCUCUCCGCAUUUUUCUGUGGUUCACGCUGUUGUGAAAGGUUUCUGUAACCUAGGUAAAAUUGAGGAAGCUUGUGGAGUAGCGGGGAGUAUUUUGAGUCAUGGUGAACCCCUACAUACAGAUACAUGGGAAGAAAUCGUAUCCAUUAUCUUGGAAUGGGAUGCAGCUGAAAAAAUAGGGAAUACCUUGGUGCAACUUAUUCAAGCUGAGAUAAAACCUGAAACGAGAAUAGUGGAGGCUGGCGCUAGGUUGGGUGAAUAUUUGAUGAACAACAUAAAAAGUAAAUCAAGGAAGGGUUGAUCAUUUCAUAGGACAAGAAUAGGUCUUGCUAAGCUACCCGAAAAGGAUGUUUAUCUUGUAAGCUAGCAAAUACACAUGAAACCUGAUAAUGGUUACUACAAUCCCGAAAAGGACUAUUUUCAGAAAGUAAAUUUGAGUUUAUCUUGCUACCUCGUCAGGCCAGUUCAUCGACAUGGUUGUUUUAGCAAGGUUUGCACUAUUUUUUUCGCGGUGCAAGAGUUGUUGGUGCAAUAGACUUGACGAAUCCACGUUGAAGUUCUCAAUGUUAUUAUGCAUAAGAGUGCAGCAACAUUGACAGAAGCAGAAAUGCAGAGACAUGAGUAAUUUACUGAAGCUAUCAUUUUCAAUGUCAAGGUUAGGUUAGUUUAGUCUGUCUUAUCAGUCUACUGAAGCAGCUUCUAUUGGUAGUUCGGUACCAUGUUAUUAGCAGUUGUGAAAAAAGGGAUUCGUCAUCUACUAUACGUUUAUGCAUUAAAGAAUAAAGACUUUAUAUAUACAAUGUAAUUUUCUUUCGAAUGGGGUUCCUCUUCUGCACUUUAUAUGAUAAUAAUAGAACACCUUCCAUUAA